CUUUAUCGGUCUGUAAUUAGAAGGCAAGUAUUUAUACCAAGGGCUCAGUCAUUCGACAAUGAGAUUCUUCAAGAUGCGUGUCGCUUUUGUUUUGGUGGCCUUUGGCCUCGCCAUGGUUGCAGCGGCACCAAAGAACAUCCAGAGGAUCGUCGGCGGAGAGGAAACGAGCAUCGAAAAGUACCCUUUUAUGGCCGCUAUGUUGUAUUCCUGGAACCUGGAGACGUAUCAGCAGGCUUGCGGAGGCUCCGUGCUCAACUCCAGGGCCAUAUUGUCGGCUGCACAUUGCUUUGUAGGCGACUCUGCUGUAAGAUGGCGCGUCCGCGUCGGCUCCACCAUGGCCAACAGCGGUGGUGUAGUCCACCACCUUCGCGAGAUCUUCAACCAUCCUGACUACAUCACAGCGACCGCUGGCGCCGACAUAUCUAUCCUUCACACAGAAACUUUUAUAGUGUUUAAUGAUCAGGUGCAGCCUAUGGUUGUGCCUGGACGCGGCUAUGACCUUCCUCAUAAUGAUCUAGUCGUCGCCAUUGGGUGGGGCACGGUUUCUCCCGGCGGCCUGCAAUCAGAAGUGCUCCGUGAAGUCGACGUCUGGCACGUGAGCAACGCCAUCUGUCGCUCCCGGUACGCAACUGUCGGCGUAUACGUCACCAACGACAUGCUCUGCUCUGGCUGGCUCGAUGUUGGCGGCAGAGACCAGUGCCAGGGCGAUUCUGGAGGCCCUCUGAUCCACGGAGGCAAUGUGGUAGUUGGAGUGUGUUCGUGGGGAAAUAGUUGUGCUCUAGCUUAUUACCCUGGGGUCAACGCUCGAGUUUCUUCGUUUACUGAAUGGAUUCAGAAGACCGCUUAAAGUGUUUGUCAAAAAUAAAUAAUAUUUUUU